AUGACUUUUGGAGUGGAUGAUAAGUGGGUGGAUCUGGUGGACGCCUUUGGCUCGUUUGAAUUGUCGACCGGCGAUACCGAGAUUUCGGAUGACUUUGAGAUUUCGAAUGACCUUGAGAGACUACUGGUUGAUGGCUGCGAGAUCCUUGCGGACAUGCCAAACAUGGUAGUUGGCUUGGAGAACGCGAGGCACGAGAAGUUGUCGAAUGAGGAGCUGCAAGAACUGCACGGCGAGUUUCGUGCGAAGAAGGAGUUGUGUUGUCACGUGCUGAGGGCGCUUCACUAUUGCUUGUCCACUUUCGCCGGGGCUUGGGAAGACGGUCGUGCCCAGAGCGACUUGAGGGCACGGUUGCUUGGGUGGCUGGACAGCUUUAACUGGCACUUGAUCAAGGAGAGUUAUCUCCACAGUAAAGCCAUGGAUCCAACGGACCUGUCAGAGAAAGACCGGGCUAAUUACUUGCUUGAAAUACGUGAGGAACGAACCAAGUACUUACUCGCACUCCAUGAUGGCCCGUACUGGAGGGCCAUUCGGGCCGAGGGCCUGAAGUUCAAUCUGCAUAAGCUUGUCCGAUGCAAUAUAAAGAAAACGAGACACAUCAAGACUUGCGACAUUCCCUUCUACCAACCCUGCCAUCCACAACAUGUCACCUGGAGUAGGGCCGUUGGCGCACUGAACAGAUUGGGGGCCGAAGCACCGGCCGUGGCAGUGGCUGUCGGCGAACAGUGGACCGAGCAGGAACACGGCGUGGGAGAAGUGGUGCUUACUUAUCCGGCCGGGCUGCAUCGGCUUUGA